UCUGUUCUAUUUUUAUCAACCAGUUGCAGUCUGUCUUCAGCUUAAGACUCCCAUUCUUUCCCUAUCCCCUCGCAGUCUGGAAGCCUUCAUCCUACAGCCACCAGUUUCCUUCAGCCAGGACUGCACUAGGCAGUCAUAUUGUUCCCACAAUGCCUGAACCAGAGAGAAAAUCCAAGAUCUCAGCCUCGCGCAAACUUCUUUUGAAGAGUUUGAUGCUGGCUAAGGCCAAAGAAGAGUGGGAACAAGAGCAAGUGGAUAAACAAGGGGAGAAGGAGAGAUAUUUGUCAGAGAGGGUUGCACCUCUGCGGACCAGUGGACUUUCCUUAAGCCAACUGCAGGACUUGUGCAGGGAGCUACAUGAGAAAAUAGAUGUUGUGGAUGAGGAACGCUACGACAUUGAAGCAAAAUGUAACCAUAACACACGGGAGAUUAAAGACCUAAAAUUGAAAGUACUUGACCUUCGGGGGAAAUUCAAACGGCCUCCACUGAGGCGUGUCCGGGUCUCCGCCGAUGCCAUGCUAAGGGCUCUGCUUGGGUCUAAACACAAAGUUUCCAUGGACUUGAGAGCUAAUCUCAAGUCUGUCAAGAAGGAGGACACUGAAAAGGAGCGUCCUGUAGAAGUGGGUGACUGGCGUAAGAAUGUGGAGGCCAUGUCAGGAAUGGAGGGCAGGAAGAAGAUGUUUGAUGCUGCCAAGUCUCCAACAGGACAGUGAGAGGUCCUUUACAGAAGGAUGAAGACUCUUUCCUACAGUGCCUGCGUCUCUUUGCCUUUCUUUUGCCCUUACCUUGCCUCAGCCUCUUCCAUUAGCUGUAGAGUCACAACAGUUCUGGAUGUUAUUAAAAGAUUGCCAUGACUUUGCACUUCA